UUCGGAAGCGAGUUUGUGGUGUGGGAGCAACGAUUUGGGUUUUCCGGCUGUCGGUGCCGUCAUCUGUUCCGGGGGGGAUGAGGGUUUAUUUACUCGUGGGUAAAUAAAGCCUACACAUGCGGGGCUCCAAACAUAUCUACACAACUCACAUUGAGCACCGGCCGGGAAAGGGGCUGUUGCCGAUGAACCGAGCGUUACCAAGGAAACCCGUCGACUUGACGCGACAGUCGAACAACAACCGCGAUGUAGUCAGAAAAACGAGCUCAGAGACGGAGACAAAACCCGCGAAGUAAAGCGAUGGACGCGACGGAAUCGUCUAGUGAAAGUGUAAGAAGCAACAGCAGAACCACAGAUGCGUCCCCUCUCUGUGACAGGCUUGAUGCGGGGAGUCCUCCAAAAGCCAAGUUUACAGGCAAGGACUUCAUCAUGACGCCCCCUGCGGAAAAGCUUAGCCAUUUCCAAAGUCGAGCCCAAGACUUGGCAAACAACCAACAGUUCGAUGCGUGCAUCCAGGACCUGGUACGUUGUGUUGCCCUGACUAAACUGGCGUAUGGAAAUGAACAUCUGAAACUUGCUCAAGCCCAUGCCAAGCUGGCCAAUGCAUAUCUCCAGUUUAAAGGCUUUGGUAUGCAGGCCCAGGGGCACACAUCCCUGGCCAGGCAGCUGCUGUCCUUAUGCUCCUCCAUCUCCUCUCGCAGGGAGGACAGACUCCAGUUCCUCACAUGUCUCCUCGGCAUAUACGUCACACAGGGAGGUGCCGCGUUGCUUACAGGCAAGCUUGAGGAGGCAGAGUCCUCCUAUCUGGAGGCCCGGAGAACGCUGGAGGAGCUUCAUCAGCAGAGCGGCAUCAACCCGGAAGAGAAGAUGAAGACCGAGCUGGAAAUCAGCAUUUCCCUGUCCAGGGUUUUUCACAAACAGGGCAAACUAGAGGAGGCCUUAGGACACUGCGAGAAGUCUUUGCAGUUGCUGGAGAGCCAAGAUAACCCAAAGCAAACAUGUUCUGUCUACAGGGACAUGGCAACCAUUGAGCAGGCCCAAGGCCGUUUACAACAAGCCAUAGCGCAUCUCUCUAAGGCUCAUGCCAUUGCAAUGAGUCAGAGCCUAGGGGGCCUGGAUGGGGCCCACAUCUCCCACAGCCUGGCACUGGUCCUCUCUACAGCCGCAGAGUCCCAUCACAAUGAGUCUGCAACUCAUUACUUUGAGGAGAGCCUACGUGCAUUCGAGAACUCCACAGGUCCACAGGAUUCAGUCUUCCUUACAGUCCAGGAUGACUUCUGUCGCUUCCUUGUGCUAACUGGACAGCCAGAGAGAUGCAUGCAGAUUCAGAAAUCCUCCCUUCCUGUGAAGAAGUCAGCAUUUGGUGACCUGAGUGCUGAGGUUGCAGACACCUUGCAGCUGAUAGGAGGUGUGGAAAUGUCCCAGGGUAGCAUCAAGCGGGCCCAUAGGACCUUAAAAAAGUGUCUGGAGAUCCAGAAUGUUAUUCACGGUCCUCAGCACAAGAAGACGAGAGCUACGCAGAAAACUGUGGAGAUGCUGGCCCGGACACCAGAGGUUGCUGAGAGACGGCAGAAGCAAGGCAGCAGGAACACAAAGCCCCCUUUGUGUGCAGUUCCGCGACCAUGUGACAAAGAAGGCGGCAAGCAUCGGCCCUGAAUCUUAAAAUGCCAUCAGGAUACAUUUGGGUUUCUUUCUUCAUUCCAUUUUCUCCCCAAUUGUAUUUGGCCAAUUACCCCCCCACUCCCCCGAGCCGCCCUGCUCACCGCUCCACCCCCCCUCUGCCGAUCCGGGGAGGGCUGCAGACCACCACGUGCCUCCUCCCAUACACGUGGCGUCGCCAGCCGCUUCUUUUCCCAUGACAGCGAGGAGUUUCGCCAGGGGGACGUAGCACCCGGGAGGGUCACGCUAUCCCCCCCCCCCAGUUCCCCCUGAACAGGCGCGCCAACCGACCAGAGGAGGCGCUAGUGCAGCGACCAGGACACACACCCACAUCCGGCUCCCCACCCGCAGACACGGCUAAUUGUGUCUGUAGGGACGCCCGGCCAAGCCGGAGGUAACACGGGGAUUCGAACCGGGGAUCCCUGUGUUGGUAGGCAGCAGAAUAGACCGCCACGCCACCCGGACGCCCCUCCUGGUUGGAUUUCGUAUAGCCAAAGUAGACACCUACAGAGUGGUUAGCUGCUGUAAGAGGGACGGUUUUAAAUUUGACCCAAUAAAAUCUCU